CAGCACGGUGCUCCCCUCUUUCCCGUUCAAAUUGCGAUUUCUGGCCUUCCCAUAAACGCUGGAGUCCGGGACAUAAGGAAGCACCACCACCAGCAGAAUCUAAGCGACUUUUCUUUCUCGAGAUCUCAAUCCUUCCUGUCCUAUCCUCAGUGAAACCAUAGAACGGCGAGUUCGCCUUCAGCUCUCGAAUCAUUGGAACCAGAUUAGUGCGGGAUAAGACGAAGACGGGGCACAAGAAUCGGCCAUGGCUCUCCAUCCUCUUCCAAAGAAGAUAAAGCUGGAGGAAAACGGCGACUUGGAACAAUCGGAAAACGAAGGAGGGGAAGGUCUUCUAGGGAACUCCAUUCAGGAGCAGGAAGAGGCGCUGAUCGCUCUCAUCGAGCACCGCACCAAGGAAUUUGAGCAGCUCAACCAGAAAGCUUCCUAUUACCAAUCCCAGGCUGAGGCCGCAGAGAGGAGAUUGCAGGAGUCACGGUUGCAGCUGGCUCGACUGCGGGGGUCAUCUGGAGAUUCUGGACCAGCCGGUGGCAGGCGAUCGAGGGCAGAAAGCCCCGCUCUUGUCAAUGGAGUUGGUGCCCGUUCAGAGACCAUUGCAUCGAGCCAUUUGUCGAGACCGCCGCUUGUUAUUCCCUCAAUAAACCCCAAGGUUACAACAACGAAAGUUCCUCCACCGGAGGUAGCGGCUCGCAGUAAACCAACUUCUUUAUAUCAGCCCACGCCUAAGGCUCCCGAGAAAUCAAUGAGGGAAACGACAACGGUACGCAGCUCAGAAAAGAGGAAGCUUGUUGAGAAGGAGCAUCAGGACUUGAUCCCAAAUGUACGAAAGAGUUCUUCACCGAAUAUAAUUCCAUUCCAGCCAGGCACUUACAUUCAUAGCCAGCAUAAGAGGAAGCUGAGAACUCUUGUGCUCAGCCCUGUCGAUGAUCAACUACUGGUUACUAGUGCGCUUGAUGGUGUGGUAAAUCUAUGGCAAGUACAAGCUAAAGGGCCUAGUGCUAAUUUGCUUAGCAGUACAGAUUGCCUCUCCCCUAAACACAGGAGGUGGCCAGAAGAUAUUGCAUGGCACCCAGAUGGAAAUAGCCUAUUUUCUGCAUAUACUGGCGAUGCUGGUGAUUGUCAGAUCUCAGUGCUGAAUCUUAGAUUGUCUGGAAAUAAAAAAGUUACUUUCUUGGAAGAAAAACCUCAUGUAAAGGGCAUCAUAAACAGUAUCAUUUUUAUGCCUUGGAGUGAUUUAUGUUUUGCAACUGGUGGGAGUGACCAUGCUGUGAUCCUCUGGAGUGAGAAAAAUGAUUCAUGGAAACCCAGGGCAAUACAUCGCACCCAACAUACUUCUGCUGUCAUGGGAGUUGCAGGAUUGCUGCAGAAGAAGGUCAUACUAUCGACUGGUUCUGACAAAAGAGUUAUUGGUUAUGAUCUGUUGGCAGAAAGAGCUGAAUUUAAACAUCAGAUAGAUAGCAGAUGCAUGAGUGUGCUGCCAAACCCUUGUGACUUCAACCUGUUUAUGGUUCAAACAGGGACCAUUAGCAAGCAACUACGGUUGUUUGACAUCCGGCUUAGGAAAACCGAAAUCCAUUCUUUUGGAUGGAAGCAGGAGAGCAGUGAGACUCAGUCUGCCCUGAUUAACCAGGCUUGGUCUCCAGAUGGCCUCUAUCUUUCCUCUGGGACAGCAGACCCCAUGAUUCAUAUUUUCGAUAUCAGAUACAAUGGCAACAGUCCCAGCCAAUCCGUGCAAGCUCAUCAGAAGCGAGUCUUCAAAGCUAUAUGGCACCAAUCCCACCCACUGUUGACCUCUAUCUCAUCUGAUCUCAACAUAGGCUUGCACAAGAUUUCCAAGUAAAAGUCAGGUGUCUUUACUUUAGUGCCAUCUCAUCCUGUGGAUGCGUUAGGUCAGUGCUGGUAGUCUGACAUUUUAUGAGCAGACGAUAUACAUGACUCCAGAGAAGAUUUUGUCUGGGAGUUACCGUAGAACAUAUUUAGUUCCAAGGAUUAGCCUAAAUUUUUCUGUUUUUUAUUUUUUGGGUCCAUUUAGGCUGCUGCUUCCUUAAGACGCUUGUAAGAUUAAUUCAUAGAGCUGCUAAAAUAUAAUAGUAAUUUUUAACACUUUGUAUUUUUUGGUGAUCAGCUCUUGAACCUGUUUGUGAAUACUAA